CUGCGUGGCUGGCCGCCAUGCCGUUCGUGGAGCUGGAGACCAGCCUGCCGGCAGAGCGGCUGCCGCCCGGGCUGGCCCUGGAGCUCUGCGCCGCCGCUGCCGACAUCCUGGGCAAACCGGCGGAGCGGGUGAACGUGACGGUGCGGAGCGGGCUGCCCAUGGUGCUGUCGGGCUCGGCGGAGCCCUGCGCCCAGCUGGUCGUUUCCUCCAUCGGCGUGGUGGGCUCGGCGGAGCAGAACCAGCGGCACAGCGCUCGUUUCUUCGACGUCCUGACGGCCAAGCUGGGCCUCGGCCCCGAGCGGAUCAUCAUCCGCUUCUACCCACUGGAGCCCUGGCAGAUUGGCAAGAACAGAACAGUCAUGACAUUCCUGUGAUCCCUUCAGCAGCCAGCUGGAACAAAGCAGUGAUGAAGACAAGCCAAAGCUGAGCAGCUCUAUCUACUUGUUUCCUCUUAUGAUCAAAUCUGUGUAGCUCAGCACUUUCACCUCUAGCAUUCACUUCAUGUCUUUGCGUUGUGUGCCCAUGAAGCUCAAGAGUGAGGCACUCAGCUGUACUGAUUUUAUUAAAAUGGUUCAAGGUCUUUGUCUCAAGCCUGUCUCAUAGUCCAGAAGCUCUCCUUGUGUCUGUGGCUAAGAUAUUGCAGUGUGGUGAUGGCCACAGAGCAGUGAAAAGUUUUAUUCUAGAACACAUUUGGCUUGGUUGAGGACCAGAGGGGCUCUUGGCUUCAUCCAGAUUUCCUCAUAUUUUGCAGGACAGAAAGAUCCUUCUUGAUCUUUCCUCGUGGCAGCAGAAGGGUCCCAGGCUGGCUAAGAAGACUUGGGAGUCAAAUUCUUCUCUUUUCAGGCUCCCUGAAAGCCCUUUCUUGAAGUGAUUAUUGGGAGGGAGGUUGAUCCAUUUGCAUAAUUGUUUAUUGAAGGCUCACAUCAGGUCUUUUGCUUGGGGCACCUCCAUUGUCACCUGCAGUGGCUGCUCCUGCUUGCCCACAAGAUUUUUGUGGCUGAAUGUUAACUGUGGUAAUGGCAGCAUGUAGUGGGAAGCACUGCAUGGUGCCACGGGAAAGCAAUUUGCAGCUU